AUGAGCAUGCAUUGUGAAUUAUUGGAAGAUUCAGACAUGGAUUCAACAGAAAGUUGGAUUGAAAGAUGCCUCAGUGAGAGUGAAAGCAAACGGUUUCCAAACCAUGCCUCGUUGGGGAACGUGUCCAUUGGUGAGGAACAUGAAGAGAAGGAAAACAACCGGGCCUCGAAACCGCACUCAACCCCGGCCACUCUGCAAUGGCUUGAGGAGAACUAUGAGAUUGCAGAAGGGGUCUGUAUACCUCGCAGUGCCCUGUACAUGCACUACCUGGACUUCUGUGAGAAGAAUGAUACACAGCCGGUUAAUGCUGCAAGCUUUGGCAAGAUAAUUCGACAGCAAUUUCCACAAUUAACGACAAGAAGAUUAGGAACAAGAGGCCAGUCAAAAUACCAUUAUUAUGGGAUAGCAGUGAAGGAGAGUUCGCCCUAUUACGAUGUGAUGUAUUCCAAAAAAGGAGCAGCUUGGGUAAACGAAACAGGGAAGAAAGAAGUGGCAAAGCAGACGGUGGCGUAUUCACCACGAUCCAAGCUGGGUACCUUGCUGCCAGAGUUUCCAAAUGUCAAAGAUCUAAAUCUGCCAGCAAGCCUCUCGGAGGAGAAGGUUUCCACCUUCAUUAUGAUGUAUAGAACUCAUUGUCAGAGAAUCCUAGACACAGUGAUCAGGGCAAAUUUUGACGAGGUUCAAAGCUUCCUUCUACAUUUUUGGCAAGGAAUGCCCCCCCACAUGCUCCCGGUGCUGGGCUCCUCCACUGUCGUGAACAUUGUUGGUGUUUGUGACUCCAUAUUGUACAAGGCAAUCUCCGGAGUUUUGAUGCCCACUGUGCUGCAGGCAUUACCAGACAGUCUGACACAGGUGAUUCGUAAAUUCGCUAAACAGCUGGAUGAGUGGCUCAAAGUUGCACUUCAUGAACUUCCUGAAAAUUUAAGAAAUAUCAAAUUCGAAUUGGCAAGAAGAUUUUCGCAGGUUCUCAGACGUCAGACCUCAUUAAAUCACCUCUGUCAGGUAAAUCGAUCAAGACUGUUUAUGUUGCAGGUUGCUGCACAGAGGCCUGGGAGUUUGAAGCGACUGGCACGGCAGUUCCUGUUGAUGUGGUCCUGCUUUGGGACAAGAGUUAUUCGGGACAUGACAUUGCACAGUGCGCCAAGUUUUGGCUCCUUUCACCUAAUCCACCUGACAUUUGAUGACUACGUACUUUAUCUCCUGGAAUCUCUGCACUGUCAGGAGAGAGCAAAUGAACUAAUGAGAGCAAUGAAAGGAGAAGGCAGCUCAGGAGACAGAAGGGAAGAGCUGGGACAGUCAGAUCACAGCCCUCCGACGCAAUCCCCUGGCCCUUUCUCUCCUGCAAAAUCUGUCACUGCUGAAAUCCAACCGGCCUCACCAGUCAGCAGCCAGUCACCCGAAUACUCUGGAUUAACAGCACCAGGAGCAGUUCAAUCAUAUACAUGGUCUCUGACAUAUACAGUUACGACAGGCUCUGCCCCUCCCGAUAGCCCACAACAGCUACCCUGUAUGAGAAGCAAUAAUGUGCCUACAGCAACCUCAACUCACCGGAUGCCAGUCUACCCACACAGAGAGGAACAUGGGUACACAGGAGGGUAUAACUAUGGUAGUUACAGCAAUCAACCCCCUCUUCCCAUUCAGAGUCAAUAUCCAACCCUAACACACGACAGCCUUUCUUCUCCACUGCCAUAUCCAGCUUACCACAGGAGUAGCUCACAGUACCCUUUCAACAGCCAGACACCGAGGAUGGAGCCUUGCUUGAUGAGCAGCACCCCAAGGCUGCAUUCUACUCCGGUCACACCUCGCUGGCCCGAAAUGCCUGCGGCUAACAGCUGUUACCCCAGCCCCACCAUGCAUUCAGCACGGUACGGCAACUCGAGUGAGAUGUACACGCCCCUGGUUCCCCGGAGGAGUGCCGAGUACGAACAUGCACAGCAUUUUCCCGGCUUUGCCUACAUCAACGGCGAAGCGACCACUGGGUGGGCCAAGUAA